AUGAGCCAAGCGGUCGGCUCCACGGCUCCUCUGCCUGAGACCUCGUUCUCGUCGCCGACCGUCGCCUGCCGGCUCCUGAAGGGUCAUCGCGAUUCCGUCGUCGGCCUCGACAUUUUCUGCUCCCCUGCUGCUUCGGCUUCUCCCCUGUGCGGCUCUGCCCACGAGAAAAGCGAUCUCCUUGCUUCUUGCCUCGCGGCAGCCGCGCGAUCUGUCGCCAGCGGGUCGGCCUGUGACCGAGAAGACCCGGAAGCUGAGGACGAAGCAGCGCCCAGUCAGGGUACGCGACCCCGGCGACAGGAGAGAGGGUCUCAAAUUGAGGGAAGCGUGGCGGUUUCAGAAGCUACAAGCGGAUGUCGGGAUGGAGCCUACCCGUGUGACGGCUGCUGUGCUUGCCCGUGCCCGCAUUCAGCGUCGGAGUGCCCGCAUCAUUGUUCGCCAGAAGGCUCGCAGAUCAACUCACCUCCUCCCGUUGGCUCAUGCCAGUGCGGCUGCUUAUCCUCCUGCUGCUCCCCGUUCCCCGCGGCUCCUUCGCUUCUCGCAAGCAGCAGUGACGACGGUACUGUGCGUCUGUGGGACUUGCGCGCAGAGAAAGCUGUCGCGUGCAUUCGCCACCCGCUCUUCCUCUCUGCAGCGGGCGCCGCAGAAGACUCCUCUUCGAAUCUUGGCGCAGUGAAGUUCCACCCUGAGACAUAUCGGCUGCUGUAUGUCGCGUGUGGCAGCCGCCUCUUGCUCUUUGACCUCGCGGCCCCCGGCAGCGCCGUCUGGAACGGGGAGCAGGCUGCGCGUGACACACUCGAGACAGGAAGUGGAGUCAGCAACGUCGUGCGCACAUACAGCAACUCAGGACGCGAGUCUGCAGAAGGAGAUAGUGUAAAGCCUGAGCACCCGCAGAGUCGACCACGUGGAGACGACGAGGCGUGGAGCGAUGCCGCCGCUGUGUGGAAUUUGGCAAACUACGCGCAGGUUGUGCCUUCUGAAAACAGAGUUAAGCGAGAGGCGGAUGACGAGGGGUCCUCGGAUGAAGACGACGAUGACCCUCUCACGGUCAACGACUUCGAUCUGUGGUGCCCGUCAUCUCAGCAGUUGCGCGAGAUGAAGUUUGUUGCGUCGUCUUCCGCCGACCAGCAGCCCGUUCUACCCUCCGCUGGAAAACAAGCCUCUCGUCGAGGGGCGCCCAAGAAGAAAAAGGCGCCUUCCGCGCGACCCGGCUCGUCGCCGGAGGAUGUGCCUUCAAGCGCGGAUGCGGCAGAGGCGUCGGCGGCUCCAUCGCCCGUGUGUUUCGCCCUUCCCCUGGACACUGGCGAAGUUGUCGUGGCGCUGCACAGAGCGCCCCUGGCUGCGGCGGAGCUUUCAGGAUCGACCGCAGGAACUGUGGGGUCCGAGGGCGCGGCAGGUCUCGCUCCCGCCCUCCAGCUCCAAAAGGACAGGUUUCUCUGCAUGCAUCGAAGCAUCUGCGGUGUCGCGCGAUUCCGCAAAGACGAACAAGUCCCUGACCUCGUCACAGGAGGGUUCGACUUCAACGUCAGCGCUUGGAACUUGGCGGACGCGAAACCGCGAGGGAGCCUGGAAGUGCGCCGGGCAAUUGAAGACCUGAGGAAUCACGUGAUGCCGUGGGAGAAGAAGCCUUCUCAAGCGAAGCUUGCCAAGGGCGCAGGCCCGGGAGUUCAAGACAAAAGGGAUGGGGGGCCAGAGAACACAAAGUGCCUGAACCCUCCCUUCGUGGUUUCGCUUGCGAUGUCCCCCGACAGUCGCAGGGUCGCUGUGGGACUAGGAGAUGGUCAUCUGUCUGUCUUCGACUACGCAAACUCCUCUCGAAAUGCACGGCUUCUGCCCACGCCAUCUUGGACGAGUCAGCCUCACAGCCUGUCGUCUGCAGCUCUCAGUUGGGUCCCGAGCCCGAGCGCUGUUCACCGCUCUGCUGCGGCAGGCGUCGCAAGCUGUUCAGGGAAAAAGCCAUCUCCCGUUUUGUGCGCGGAUGUUGAGUCGGUUUUAGUUAGUUGCGGCAACGACCGCCGCCUGUGUGUCUUUAGGGAGGCCCCGUUGGCAUCUGGAGAGGCCGCGGGCCGCAAGAAAGGUCGAGAGGGAUCCCUGCAGUUGCUUCUGCAGCACCGCUUGCCCUACAAGCCCAAUUACAUGGUGUGCGCCAGCAGUUGCUCCAUCACCGGAUGUGCAUGCAGACAUCGAGCACCCGCCGCGUCCUGUAGCGCGGGAGCAACCGCUGCCACAAGCAGGGUCGCAAGUACGGAGCCAGCGACGCUUCGGUGCUACGUAGGGGAUGUCUCUAACGAUAUUCGCGUUUUCGAAUUCCCUUGUUAA